AUGGCCAUAUUUCGAACCCUGAGACGACUCCGACCAGCCGGGCGGAAUAAUGGCGACGCGACGUCGAAGUUGAUCCGCGAAUUGUGGCGCAUAAGCGACGACUUGGAUGCAUAUCAGGUUCAAUCAUACAAGGAGCACGCGAGAGAUUGUCGCAAGGUCAAGGAUGACCCGGCCGUUCCAUGCUCAAACGUGGCCCAGAUUGUGAACUUAUGCGACUCGGUCAACGACCGGCUGUUGCUGCCUCUGGAUGAUGCGUACAAGGAACUUUGGCUCCAAUAUGCCCCAGAUCCGUUGAAACCGCAAAUCCAGGACAAGUCUGUGCAGCAGGCCAUCGAAUAUGCGAUCCAACUGUGUUAUUUCGUUUCAUUGCGACAGCUGCGCAGGGGUCCGCAACGAUUGCAAGACGUGCUACUCCAUAGGCUGUACAGUUGCACUUCGGUCGGGCCAGACCUUGUUCUGAAGGACGACUUUCAUGAGAAGAACCUGACUCGGAGAGCUGGUAUCAAAAUCCGCUAUACAAGCGACUUGACAAAUCAUCUCCAGCUAUCGGGGAAACAGCUCUUCGUGUUCCGUCAUGGCACCGUUUUAAAAGCCUACGCAGAAGACGGCACAAGAAGUAAUGUCUAUCCGCCUGGUUUCUUAUCUGAAACACAAGCAACGAUCGACCUCCUAUUCCCCGUAAGUGAGGGGCGUAUGGCCCGGCGGAGGGCCAGACUGAGCGAGAAGCAUUUUGCAGAUCUUGAGGUCGGCCCUUUGAUGACACAGGAUGGCGAGCCUGAACGAAAUCUCAGCAGGUACAUCUUUUGGGGCCAUCGUCUUGCUGCCAUUGAUGAUCUGUACCAAUCUUCGAGACCCUCGCGGCUAAAGCAGUGGUAUUUCGACCGGCGAGAUAAGACUUCCUUCACCACUUUCUGGUUCGCAUUGUGGGCGUUUGUGAUUGCCGUUGUCUUCGGCUUGAUUUCAUCUGUGACAGCGAUUAUGCAGACUUGGAAAGCAUUCCAUCCUUGA